AUGGAUAUUAACCCUCUUCAAGAUUCUUUCCAAAGAGCAAUGAACCUGUCAAGAUCACCAGGUGCUGUUUCCACUUCACCUACUCAAUCAUUCAUGAACACUCUACCCCGUCGUUUGAGUGUCUCAAAGCAACAGAAAGCCCUUAAACCAUUCUCUACAGGUGAUAUGAGAAUCCUUCUACUGGAAAAUGUCAACCAAACUGCUGUUGACAUUUUCAAGGACCAAGGUUAUCAAGUCGAGUUUUACAAAUCCUCUCUACCGGAAGAAGAGUUAAUUGAAAAGAUUAAGGAUGUACAUGCUAUUGGUAUUAGAUCGAAAACGAAGCUAACUGCCAAUAUCUUGAAGCACGCUAAGAACCUAGUCGUUAUUGGUUGUUUCUGCAUCGGUACAAAUCAAGUUGACCUUGAUUAUGCUGCAAGCAUCGGUGUUGCCGUGUUCAACUCUCCUUUCUCAAACUCUAGAUCCGUCGCUGAACUAGUCAUUGCUGAAAUCAUCUCCCUUGCUAGACAAUUGGGUGACAGAUCCAUCGAAUUACACACCGGAACAUGGAAUAAGGUUUCUCAGAAAUGUUGGGAAGUCAGAGGCAAGACACUUGGUGUUGUUGGUUAUGGUCAUAUUGGUUCCCAGUUAUCUGUUCUUGCCGAAUCUAUGGGUAUGCAUGUAUUAUACUACGAUAUUGUCACCAUUAUGGCUUUAGGUACCGCUAAGCAGGUUUCUACGCUAGAUGAGCUUUUGAACAAGUCUGAUUUCGUUACUUUACAUGUUCCAGAAACUCCAGAAACCAAAAACUUAUUGUCGGCCCCACAAUUUGCUGCUAUGAAGGAUGGUGCUUACGUCAUCAAUGCAUCCAGAGGUACUGUUGUUGACAUCCCAUCUCUAAUCCAAGCUAUGAAGGCAGGUAAGAUUGCUGGUGCAGCUUUGGAUGUUUAUCCAAAUGAACCAGCAAAGAAUGGUGCCGAUGCAUUCUCCGAUAAAUUGAACAACUGGACCUCAGAAUUAGUUUCACUGCCAAAUGUCAUCCUUACCCCACACAUCGGUGGUUCCACUGAAGAAGCACAAAGUGCUAUCGGUAUCGAAGUUGCACAUGCUUUGAGUAAAUACAUAAAUGAAGGUAUUUCCGUUGGAUCAGUAAACUUCCCAGAAGUCUCCUUGAGAUCGCUAGACUUGGACCAAGAAAACACUGUGCGUGUUCUAUACAUCCACAAGAAUGUUCCGGGUGUGUUGAAGACGGUCAACAACAUUUUAUCAAACCACAAUAUCGAAAAGCAAUUUUCCGAUUCCUGUGGUGAGAUUGCCUACCUGAUGGCUGACAUUUCAGAUGUGAACCAAAGUGAUAUCAAACAAAUCUACGAUGAAUUGGAUAAGACUUCAUCAAAGAUUUCCAUCAGACUUCUAUAUUAG